AUCAGGAUUCUUCCUGCCAUUCAUGAACAAAAGCUGUUUGACUGGUUAUCAAACAAGGAUCCAUGGUGUCUCAGCAGGCAGCUUUUGUGGGGACAUCGGAUUCCAGCUUAUCGCUCAGAAGGCUCCUCAUGGUUCAUUGCGAAGUCACUUGACGACGCUCGUAAACAAUUUGGCAAAGACGCUGUGAUAGUGCAAGAUGAUGAUGUGUUGGACACUUGGUUCAGUUCUUCAUUGAUUCCCCUAGUAAAUGCUGGCUGGCCGAGCUCGGAGUUCAACCCAUCGUCACCGCUUCUCGAUGUCAUGGAGACAGGAUGGGAUAUUUUGGGAUUCUGGGUCGCAAGGAUGAUUAUCGUAACUAUGAGGUUGUCCGGUGGGCAAGUUCCAUUUAGUACCGUGCUUCUCCAUGGUUUAGUUCGAGAUUCAUCGGGAAAGAAGAUGAGCAAAUCGCUCGGCAAUGUAAUCGAUCCUCUCGAUGUUGUAGAUGGCAUUUCUCGAGAAAAAAUGAUCGAGAGGAUUGAGCGAAGUAAUCUUUCAAAAGAAGAAAUAGAGGCAGCUACCUCGGCCAUUUCGAUACACUUCCCUGAAGGCAUAGCUCGAGCUGGUCCCGAUGCACUUCGCUUCGCGUUGCUUCGUCACGACUUGUUAGCCUCCGACAUUCCAUUGAAAGUUGCUGAACUAUCGAACGAGGGACUUCGAUUCUGUAACAAACUAUGGAAUAUGGUAGCUUAUGUCGAAACGGUAACCGAAAAUUCACACACGUUAAAAGACGUGGACUCCGAGCAUCCCGCGGAGACAACCAAACGCGCUCUCUGGGAUAAGGACCUUGCCAGGAUCGAAGAAAUACGAACGACGCUGAAUCGCGUCGUGCAGCCAACGCUUGUCCAGCUUUCUGUGUUCAUGCCCUUCGUGGCUGAACAUUUAUAUGAGCGCCUCUUCAAAAGAGAACCCGGUUCCAUUUAUUUUGACUUUGUCAAGGCUUCCUUCUUCCAACUACAGAGAUCUACUGAGCUCGAAUCUGACAUGGAUAUUUUGCUUGGAAUAGUCAGCACUAGCUCACACCGCUCCGAUUUUGUUUCCCGAUUGCAGCGACUUCUGAAGAAAUACGAAGAGAGGAGUGAGCAGUUUCGAAGAAAAGCGGAGAAAUAUGAAGCUAUUGUGCUCAGGGAUAAGCAGGAAGGCAAAGUGAAGCCACACAUCAUCGAUAAGAAUGAGAAAAAAGCUCGUCAGGCCCGAGGAGUUGUUCAACGGCGCUUUGGAAGAAGUGGCUAG